AUAAUGUUCACAUACUUAAUUUGAGGUUCUGCGGACAACGAAGGUAAUACUUUAAUCUUGUUAUUUAGCUAUGCCAGUAAAAAAAAAAUGUGUAUGAGAGAAAGAGAGAGCAUUAAAUACAGUAUGUGGCAGACAAAGCGUGUCAAAGCAUCAUUUACCUGUCACUUCCUAAACAGGACAUCGUUUAUAAAUAUCAUCCAGUGGAACUGAGAAUCAGGGGGCUACAAAAGGCCACCCAGCUUCUCUCCAUUGUUCACUGGCAUCAUUGUUGGUCUCGCCUCCCAGCUGCUCAGCCAUGUCACCCAAAAAAGCCAAGAAGAGAACAGGAGAGGGAGCCAAUUCCAAUGUGUUUUCCAUGUUUGAGCAGGCCCAGAUUCAGGAAUUCAAAGAGGCAUUUACCAUCAUGGACCAGAACAGAGAUGGCUUCAUCGACAAGAACGACCUAAGGGACACUUUUGCAGCUCUUGGACGCCUGAAUGUAAAACAGGAAGAGAUUGAUGAGAUGCUCAAAGAAGCUCCAGGCCCAAUCAACUUUACUGUCUUUCUUACAAUGUUUGGGGAGAAACUGAAAGGUGCUGAUCCAGAAGAGACAAUCCUCAAUGCGUUCAAAGUGUUUGACCCCGAAGGCAAAGGAGUGCUGAAGAAGGACUAUGUAACACAGAUGCUGACAACACAAGCCGACCGGUUCACCCCUGAAGAGAUGGAGCAGAUGUUUGCUGCCUUCCCACCGGAUGUGGCAGGCAACCUAGACUACAAGAACCUGGUGCACAUCAUCACCCACGGAGAGGAGAAGGACCAGGAGUGAACGUCUCAAAGGGGACGUAAACAGACUGAUUUAUUCAUAUGGCUUCCAUGCUCGUGUCAUGGUUUCAGUGCUGAGAGAUCAAGUGAUGGGAUGGACAUCAGUCCCACUCAAAAAAAACAGACAGCUCCCCAAACAACUGCCUUCAGUAUGCAUUUCUGAUUAGAUGUGUCCAUUUCUCCUAGUUGUUUUUACUAUUUUCGAUGAAAAUAUCCAUUCGGCCUAUGCUUGUUUGUCAAAUAAAGGUUUUCAGAGAAAUCAUGUUUCAUGAAAUAUGGAAAAUAUUAUGCUGACAUCCCCGUUUCUAUAGUAAUUCUCUAGGAUUAUACACCCAAAUAUGGUUGUCUGUCUCUUUAUGUGCCUUGUGAUUGAUUGGCGACCUGUCUAGUGGGAAGUAAGCAGUAUUAAAAACGAAUUGGGGAUAUACUGUAUUCUGGAACAGAAGGGUAUUCCUGCCAGCAGUUUAACGCUUUGUUAGGUAGUGAACGA